AUGUGGUUCAGCCAAACGCCUCUGGUGGAGCAUGGCGGAACUACAAGGGUCUGGCAGAGCCAGGCUAGUGCGCAUCUACAGUGUGAGAAAUCCCUCCCCCCUCCUCUGGCUCCUCCUCUGGCUCCUCCUCUGGCUCCUCCUCUGGCUCCUCCUCUGGCCCCUCCUCUGGCUCCUCCUCUGGCUCCUCCUCUGGCCCCUCCUCUGGCUCCUCCUCUGGCUCCUCCUCUGGCCCCUCCUCUGGCUCCUCCUCUGGCUCCUCCUCUGGCCCCUCCUCUGGCUCCUCCUCUGGCUCCUCCUCUGGCCCCUCCUCUGGGCCCUCCUCUGGCCCCUCCUCUGGCCCCUCCUCUUGCUCCUCCUCUGGCCCCUCCUCUGGCCCCUCCUCUGGCCCCUCCUCUGGCUCCUCCUCUGGCUCCUCCUCUGGCCCCUCCUCUGGCUCCUCCUCCUCUGGCUCCUCCUCUGGCUCCUCCUCUGGCUGCCUCCUCUGGCCCUCCUCUGGCUCCUCCUCUGCCCCUCCUCUGGCUCUCCUCUGGCUCCUCCUCUGGCUCCUCCUCUGGCUCCUCCUCUGGCCUCUGGCUCCUCCUCUGGCCCCUCCUCUGGCCCUCCUCUCUCUCCUCUGGCUCCUCCUCUGGCCCCUCCUCUGGCUCCUCCUCUGGCUCCUCCUCUGGCUCCUCCUCUGGCUCCUCCUCUGGCUCCUCCUCUGGCCCCUCCUCUGGCUCCUCCUCUGGCCCCUCCUCUGGCUUCUCCUCUGGCCCCUCCUCUGGCUCCUCCUCUGGCUCCUCCUCUGGCCCCUCCUCUGGCUCCUCCUCUGGCCCCUCCUCUGGCUUCUCCUCUGGCCCCUCCUCUGGCCCCUCCUCUGGCUCCUCCUCUGGCUCCUCCUCUGGCUCCUCCUCUGGCCCCUCCUCUGGCUCCUCCUCUGGCCCCUCCUCUGGGCUGCACAUGGCACCUGUAAACCAGUUUCUCAUUCUUCACCUUUCUCCACAUUUCUCCAUAUUCUUCGAUCAACUCCAAUUCCACUCCGGACCCAAUUUCAACAGUAAAUGUUUGGAACUCUUUCUGGUGGAUCUAGAUGAAGACAGCGGGAGUUAG